CCUGCCUGUGUUCCCACUCUCGCUGUGUCUCUCGCUGUCAAAUAAAUAAAAUCUUUAAAAUUUUUUUUUAAAUUAAAAAAUAAAAAGUUUUAUGGAUAUUCCUAAAAUACAAGCCAUUUUCCUGUAUUAGUUUACAGGGAAAAGUUUCUCCUUUGCUAGGUGCUCCUGAACCAUGUCUUCUCAUAAUUAUCCACUUGGUUGUGCCCAGAAUUCAAACACUGAUAAUGGCACUGCCAUUGUUGUAGUACUUAGGAAAUCAUCAAAACUGAAACUCUAGUAUCAGUCCUUAAGCCUUAGAUUUUUUCUUUCCCCUCCAAACAUCCUGCUUAAACUUAGUUUCAAAAAUGGUGAAACAUCAGACCUCACCAAAUUCAUCAAUAGUUUUUAUUUUUGACAGGCUGCAUAAUAUGUAGGACUCUAUUUCAAUUUCAACAAGAAUUAUUACUUAGCAAGAAGAAAAUGGGCAACUAUUUUUCUGUAAUAGCAGCAUCCAUCAGCUAUAGUCCCUGAAUGCACGUUAAAUUGAAGGAAAGCCAUUUUAACAGCACACCGUUAGAAUAAAUGUCUUCUGCUUGGCAAAUAAUUGUAUGCUUUACCCUGCUUCUUCACUGAGGCAAUGAGAGAUUAUUUCCCCACACACACACAAAUAGGAGUUCUCACACUGACAUCUCAAACUCAAACUGAAAAUGAAACUUAAGUGAUGGUGGCCGUGGUGGAUGUAAGCACCCCACUGAAGACAAGGUGUGGACCUGCAGACAAAGGGAGCCUCUCCGACUGUGCACUUCUGCAUUUUGCAGACAGCCUGAGACCUGAAAGAUGUGACUGCAUGUGCGCGUGCCUGUCACUCUGGAGUCGUGGCUUAAAACAUCAGUCAGCGGACGCACACGCGGCCUUCAGUCUUCCCCACCCGUGGGCGCGGAGCACCUAGUCCAGGGUGGUGGUCUGCACCGCCAAAUAAAGGGAGCGAGUGAUAGCACUCUCCCGAAGGUCCCGCCUACGUGGAGCAGGGUCCGGAGGCGCAGCCGGGCGGCGCGAGUGGAGCGGAUCGGGGGCGUGGCGGAUCUGGCUUCAACUCACCUGUUUAGCGGUUCAGCCUUGUGCCUCACAUGUGAUUCUCAUUCUGACAUUUCUUUGUCUUGGCUUCCUGACAUUCCCAGCUUCAACUGAGAUCCCAUUUUAGGUGUCCUGCCUGCCUGGUUCUGGGCCCCCAGCGGCACCACACUCCUGAGCCAAAAGGGUCUUUUCACUGUCUUCCAGUUUUCUCUGGCUCCUCUGCGGUGGACCUGGAAGCCCACUAGAGACUCAGAGCCUCGGGGAACUGAGAUCUGCAAGUUCCAUCUGUUCAUCCAGAAACUGGGGACCAAGGAAGAUCGAGGCUUGCACCGGUCAUACAGUGAUUACCAGCCAGCCUGGGCUAGAGCCCAGAGUCCUUGCUGCUUGGUCAUUUUCCCAUCUUCUGGAUAGGAAGCCUUUUGAAGGCAGGCACUGGCUUUCAACUGGCUGGGCUCUUAAUGACCAUAACUGCUGACCCGAAGGCAUUGGAGGGGAAAGUUAGCUUCUGAAUGUCCUCGAUAGUCUUCUACUGCCGUUUCUAAGUUCCCUCAGAUUGGGGCUCACUUCUGCUUUGCGGAAACUAUCUGCUUGGAGCCAUGCCUGAUUUAUAACAAUCUCUGGCAAAACCUCAGAAAAGAGAUAUGCUUUGGGGUUAGACGGACAUCAGAGGUAGCUAUAAGGCUCUGUGGAAAGGCUCCCCAGGUGGCAUGAGGCUUGGGGAGCCACGAGUCCAGCUGAGGGGCAGCCUCUUGGAGCUUUCUUCUCCUGAGGAGUGUGACACAGUUAAAAAGGACAAAAAAAAAAAAAAAAAAAAAAGAGUCACAAGCCAAACAGUUGCCAAUGAAAUAGGAGAAGGAGCACUUUCAAGCACUUGGGGCUGCUCCUGGGCGCUCUGAGCUCACCCACAGCCCAGGGAUACCCGGCCAUGGAGUGACACUCGGCUCAGGUCUCUGCACGAGAGAAGGAAUGGCCCGGGACGUCAAUCUGAAUUCCCUCCAGGAGUUGGAACGCGAGGUCAUCCUCCAGGUCCUGUACCGAGACCAGGCGGUUCAAAACAUCGAGGAGGAAAGGAUCCGGAAACUGAAGACGCACUUGCAGCAUCUCCGAUGGAAAGGAGCAAAGAGCGUGAGCCCGGAGUACAAAGAGAAGUCGUGUGCACGCUGUCAGCGUGAGCUGGGGCUUCUGCUGAACCGGGGGGCCGUGUGCAAGGGCUGCAGCCACCGCGUGUGCUCGGAGUGCCGAGUGUUCCUGAGGAAGACCAGUGCCUGGAAGUGCACCGUGUGCUUUGAGGACAGAAAUGUGAAAAUAAAAACUGGAGACUGGUUCUUUGAGGAACGAGCCAAGAAAUUUCCAGCUGAAGGCAAACACGGGACAGCCGGAGCAAAGCUCUUGCAAUCUUAUCAGGAACUGAGCAAAAUUUCUGUGGUUCCUCCUACCCCACCUCCUCUGAGCGAAAGCCAGUGCAGUAGCAGCUCAAACAGGUUGCAGGAACUUGGUCAGUUUAAAGGAUUUAAUAAAUCCGUGGAAAAUUUGUUUCUGUCUGUUACCACCCACAUGAAAAAGCUUUCCAAGUCCCAGAACGACAUGACCUCUGACAAGCAGCUCCGGGCCACGGGUCCCAGGCAGUGUGCUAGCCGGACGGAGAGGAGAAGCCAGUCUGACACUGCUAUCAACGUCACCACCAGGGCAAGCAUGCCGGAUAUUCUGAAACCUCUCAAUCAAGAGAGUCCCAAACGCCUUACUAGCCCUGUUUUGAAGCAAGAGGAUCUCUCAUCCAAGCCAACGCCCAGCGCUUUAUUCUCAGGAGGCUUGAGACACGCCAGUCUAAUUAGCAUUAACAGCACUUGUACGGAGAUGGGCAAUUUUGACAAUGCUAAUGUCACUGGAGAAAUAGAGUUUGCCCUUCGCUAUUGCUUCCAAACCUGUUCUUUAGAAAUAUGCAUCAAGGCCUGUAAGAAUCUUGCCUAUGGAGAGGAAAAGAAGAAAAAGUGCAAUCCGUACGUAAAGACCUAUCUGCUGCCUGACAGAUCCUCCCAGGGAAAACGCAAGACUGGAGUCCAAAAGAACACGGUGGACCCAACAUUUCAGGAGACCUUGAAGUACCAGGUGGAGCCCAGCCAGCUGGGCACCCGGUGGCUGCAGGUCUCUGUGUGGCACCUGGGCACGCUCACCCGGAGGGUGUUUCUUGGAGAGGUGACCAUCCCUCUGGCCACAUGGGACUUCGAAGACAGCACAACACAGUGUUUCUGCUGGUAUCCAUUGAGGGCCAAGGCAGAGAAACUUGAAGACAGCAUUCUUCCCAGUAAUGGAGAACUUGCAGUCCGGGCCAAACUGGUCUUCCCUGCAGGGCCCAGAAAGCUCCAGGAGGCCCAAGAAGCUUUUCUUCCAGGGACAGAUCGGCCAUCCCCUAACGGUCAGCUUUGUUUUGUCGUGCUGGGAGCCAAGAAUUUGCCCGUGCGGUCAGAUGGUACCCUAAACUCAUUUGUUAAGGGCUGCCUCACUUUGCCGGACCAACACAAACUGAAACUGAAGUCCCCAGUUGCGAAGAAGCAAGCUUGUCCCCAGUGGAAGCACUCCUUCGUGUUCAAUGGCGUGAGCCCUUCCCAGCUGAGACAGUCAAGCCUGGAAUUAACUGUCUGGGACCAGGCCAUCUUUGGUGUGAACGACCGCUUGCUGGGGGAAGCCAGGCUCGGUUCUAAGGAAGACGGAGCUGCUGGUGAGGACUCAGGCUCACCGUCAGAGCGUCAGUGGCAGAAAGUUCUUUCUAGCCCCAAUCUGUGGACAGACAUGACACUCAUCCUGCACUGAAGCCAGGGUUCCUGUCUGUGGCGAAAGGGUCAAGUGUCGCUAGGCCUGACAGCUGAGGCCGCGGGCAUGGACACUCACCAUCUGCAGCUCUGUCCCAGAGCCCGAAUGUUCUUCCACAUCCCUCUGUGUGUAGAGCACUUGUUGCUAUUGUAUAAAUAAAGAAGUCUCAGUUUGGUUUUCUGUGCUUUGAGACAUGUGGAA